AGAAUUCUGGACGAUAACAAGAAAAAAGAACUACAUAAAUAAAACAAACAAAAAACAUGGCGACUUCGUCUCUUCCUCCCUUAGAUCCUCGUCCAAAAGUCAGGGAAAAAACAAUAAGAAACAUUUUCGUAACACAGUCGGAGGACACCAGGCAACGAAAAGACAACAAUGCCAACCACAUUUCCGGUGUGACAGAGAGUUCAAACAAAUUCCUAGAAGUCAGUGUGAGUGCAUUGCAGAAGACCCUGAUUCUGAAGAAGGAAGCAGAGCUGGAAGAGGUGGACAAGCAACUUGCACUCAAGCGGCAAGAGUUUAACACUUGUGUAGAUGCUCUAGCCCAGAGAAGGUCUGAACUACAAAUAAAGCAACAGCAGACUAAAGAGAGGGUGAUGAAAUUUGAGAAGUUUGUUGCUGAAAAUGAAGCGAAGCGACGCAGAGCCCUGAAGAGUUGUGAAAGUUCACGAGAGCAGAACAUUUUGAAACAGAGGGAGAUAGAAAAUUUGACAGAACAGCUGAAACAGCUAAGAGUAAGAAAGCAAAUUUUAAAGGACCGAAUGUCAAAAUACAAAAUCUUUGAGGACUACUUGAUGAAAACACUAGAUUAUCUCCCUGGCAAUUACCCUGAUAAUGGGUCUGAAUCUUUGGUUAUGCCCAUCAUCCGACGCCAUGAGACCCUGUCCAUCACCCACCAGGAGCUGCUGCAACGUUUGGGACGCAUGGAGGAGGACGUGGAACAGGGCCAGCGACAACUGCUGAACAUGAAGCACGAACACAGCACAAAGAAACUGAUGGCCAACAAAGACCUGUCCGAACUCCAGCGUGAGUUAGAAACCCUAAAAGAGAAGAACAAGCAGACAGAGGUUAAACUGCAGAUAGAGCAAGGACUAUCCAGAGAAAAGCUGGAGGAAAUGGGAAGAUUGCUUAUGGCCAUCAACAACCUUGCAGAGCAGUGUUAUUUAACAGCAUAUGGAGCUCUGGAGAACAUGAACAUGUUAACAAAGAUGGACAUGGUGAAGGAGUUCAUUCUGGAUAAGGCAGACACGGAGAGGAGAGCGAGGAGGCUGAUGGAGUCGGCGUCUGCCAUGACAAGUACAACAGCUAUGACAGACAAAAGAGGGAGGGGAUCAAUAAAAAGCAUUGGUAGUAAAACACAACUCAAAAGUUCAAGUAAAGUCAGUAAAAAGAGUGAAAUAUUUACCUGAGGUUGUGCUUAUUUCUGCGUAUUUACGUGAUGACUGUUGAGCAUUAAGGUUUUUGACAAUUUCUUGAGAACAUGACGUGACAACAUACCAUGGAAUGUGACUGAAAGCUCUAGAAAAAACUAGUAUGUGAAACUUGUAUUAAAAAGUUUUGUUUGUUUUUUUUUUGUAACAGAUAGAUUUUCAGUUACGCACCACACAUUUUGCAGUUAAAAGGUCAUAAAAAAAAUAAGGCAACAGAACUUUGGAAAUGUUAAUGACUGGAAUGUGAACAUUGUUUUGUUUUA